CCUCCCCUGCCAGCCGGUUGCGGCGUGGCCGUUGGUACAGCCCCGCCUGGCGGGAGGAGGGAGCGCGGCCGUAUCUCCCGCGGCGGCGGCUGGUGCUGCAGGCGGAGGUGGAUCGAAAGCCAGGGCGGUGGGUAGCGGAGCGCCAGACCGCUGAGGCGGUGGGCGGGAAGGCGGCCGGGCGGAGCUUCACUUCCGCGCCUUGUGCGAGGGGCCGGGCUGCGUGGCCGUGUGGUGGGAGCCGUAUUCUCGGGGGAAGGGGCAGCUUCGGCCGCGGCAGGCUCAGCCGAGCCCCGUGUGCGCGAAGACGGGCUAGCGAGCGGCGGGCAGGUGCUCCAGGCUGCGUGCGGCCCACUCCGACCCGCGUAGUGUUUUUAUCCUGGCAGCAGGACCUCGGGCGGCGGGCAGCGCCUCGGUGGCUGGGGCUGGAGGUGCAGACCCCUCCCCUCGGCCCAGUUCGCCUGGAGGCAACAGGCGUCGCGUCGGUGAGAAAACAUGAGCCGAGAUUUCAAACCCGGAGACUUGAUCUUCGCCAAGAUGAAGGGUUAUCCCCAUUGGCCAGCCAGGGUGGAUGAAGUUCCUGAUGGAGCAGUAAAGCCUCCUACAAAUAAAAUGCCUAUUUUCUUUUUUGGCACCCAUGAGACGGCAUUUUUGGGACCAAAGGACAUAUUCCCUUACUCUGAAAAUAAAGAUAAAUAUGGCAAACCAAAUAAAAGAAAAGGUUUUAAUGAAGGGUUGUGGGAAAUUGACAACAAUCCCAAAGUGAAGUUUUCCCAUCAGCAGUCCCAUCCAGCUGUUAACACUCCAGUCAAAGAAGCUGUUCAAGAAGGUAGUCAGGAGCCUGCUGAGGGCAGUGAAGAAAAAGCAGGAGCAAAAAGAAGGAAGUUUUCUGUCCCAAAAUUGUCUCCUAAAGGAGAUAAUAAUUUACCUGCAGAAGCUGAAACAGAAGAAAAGGAGAUGGACACUUCAACAGAAGAUGAUAUGCCUUUGGAAAAAAGCAAUAAAGAAGAUAUGGUGAAAACAAAUGAUGCUUCUAUUCCUAAAGUUGCUAGAAGAGGAAGAAAAAGAAAGGCUGAAAAACAAACUGAAACUGAGGAAACAGCAGUGGGAACAGCAGCAGUGGCAACAGCAGCUCCUGUGUCAGCAUCUCCAAAAGUAAGCCCCAAGAGAGGAAGACCAGCAGCUUCUGAAGGAAAAGUUCCAAAACCAAGAGGGAGACCCAAGUUGGUGAAACCACCUUGUCUUUCAGAAAGCGACUUCAUUAAUGAGGAGGAGAAGGUAAAGAAAAGAGGACCAGAAGAAAAGCCCAAAAAGCAAGGGAAAAAAGAUGAGGAAAGUCAGAAGGAAGAGGAUAAAUCUAAGAAGGAACUUGACAAAAAGGAAGGAAAGAAAGAGACUGAACCUAAAAGGAAAAGUGCUGCAAAAAUGUGUUCCACCUCAGCUUCUGAUUCUGAAGAUGAUGGAGAUGAACAAGAAAGUGACAAGAAGAAAAAAGGGGGAAAAAGUUUUCAGGCAGCUCACAGAAGAAACAUUAUUAGAGGACAACAUGACAGAGAAGUAGCAGAAAGAAAGCGUAAGCAGGAGGAGCAGACAGAAUCUGAAUUGCAAAGUAAAGAAGAAGGCAAGAAAACAGAAGUUAAGAAGAUGGAGAAGAAGAGAGAAACAUCAAUGGAUUCUAGGCUUCAAAGGAUACAUGCAGAAAUUAAGAACUCCCUGAAAAUUGAUAAUCUUGAUGUGAACAGAUGCAUUGAGGCUCUUGAUGAACUUGCAUCUCUUCAAGUCACAAUGCAGCAAGCUCAGAAACAUACAGAGAUGAUUCUGACUCUGAAGAAGAUAAGGAAAUUCAAAGUUAGCCAAGUUAUCAUGGAGAAAUCUACUAUGCUCUAUAACAAGUUCAAGACCAUGUUUCUGGUUGGAGAAGGAGAUUCUGUUCUUUCCCAAGUACUAAAUAAAUCACUUGCUGAACAGAAGCAGCAUGAGGAAGCCAACAAAACCAAAGAACAGUGGAAGAAAGGAGCAAACAAAAAAAAUGAAAAGGACCAAACAGGUCCAAAGGUUCUGAAUGGAGGGUCUGAAGCUCAAGACACCAACCAGCCACAACACAAUGGUGAGAACACUGAGGAGAAGAAAGACAGGCAUGAGGUUGGCACUAAGAAAAAGACAUGUGGUGAAGAGAGAGAGCUUGAAAAGCCAGCAAAAGAUUCUGCCUUUGAAAGCAAAUGACACCACUGGAGUGAUUUUUUAAAACACAAAUCUAAGGGGAUCGUUAAGUUUUGCAUUUGAAAUCUAUAGACUGCUGAAAGUUUAAAAUAAUUUUAUAAGGAUAGUAUUUUAAAGUUACAUUUUGUGGAAUAAAAGCCCCUUCAUAAUCUUGGUUUUAAAGUAUUUAAACACUUUUGCCAAGUUUUGUCCAGUAUUAACAGGUAGCACAUUUCAAAAUAUUAAAUUCCACUUAGAAGACAAAUGCUUACAUGUUACAGGACUUAGAGUUGUAGUAUAUUUUUACCUGACUACUGUAUGUUUGUUUAGCAGGGAAAAGUGUAAAUACUUUUAACUGCCCAAUUGCUUUGUCUGUAUGAAACCUGCCCUCCUCUUACGAUACUGACCUCUGUCUGUGCAUAGUUUUUUCAAUUGUUGGAAUGUCUUUCACCGUGUUUUUUAGGAGUUGGAUGCAGCGUUUUUAUAGCUGUUAAAAUGUUAAUGUUCGAGUAUACUUAAUCACCUUUUGUAAACAAGUUCUAGUUCUGUUCUUGCAAAACUCACUGUGCCAAUUUACUGCAGUGUGACUUCACAGUAUGCUUCUGGUAUAAUCAGCGUACUAGAAAGAAGCGUGGUGUUCCCACAAAACCUGCUGAUGCACACUGGCUGGAAAUCAUUGUCCUGGACAACUUAACAGAAAUAAAGUAUUUUAACCAAUAGAGACUGGCUCUUAACAGAGGCGAAAAAAUGCACAGGCACAAUAUGUGUCUGGUUUUAGCACUGUCUCAGUUUUACGGCCUUGGUGAUGACUGUUUAAAAUUAGGCUGACCUCACUUACCUCAGGAUAGGAUGGUGUCAGAGAGGAAUUCAUGAAGUUACGCUGAUACCGUAUCUACCAUAAGGUAGGAGUGUGGUGAGAUAGCUAGUUGUUAAAGGUCAAAGGUCAGAGAUUCCCAAAACACCAAGCAAAGAUCAUUGACUGUUAAGGUUGCUUGGUAAUGUCACCAACGUCCUGCGAACUGGUGUCCUGACACUGAGCUUGGCCCAUUAUAAUGUUAAAAAAUACAUCUCCUAGCUAGAGAAGCCCCUUACCUCCUGAGCAUGCACAGUGAAUUUAAAAGUAGCUGUAUCUUUACAGUGAAGCAAGGAAGAGACUAGCCAGUGGCUAGAUAGUAGGCACUGACAUAAGGCAUAGCUAAUAGAUUUUGCUGUAUAAAUGUCUCCUGCAGAUUUGAGCUGGUGUGCUGGCUUUGUGGCUUUAUCACUUUGCACCCUUGUCUGUGCAGAGCUAGAAUAAAACAAGUGUCACGAC